GAUAGAGAAUUGCGACACUUUUGGGGAAACCCGGCUUGUUUUGUUCGGUGUUCAAGAGAGCGUUGUAUUUGCUUUUGUCUUGCGCAAUCGGCGUUCCGACUUUUCUUAAAUUUGUUGGUCGCAAUUGCUGGUCGGUAUUUGGACGUUUCGAGGCACAAUAACAGCUCUUAUCCAAACAAAAUUCUGGAAUCAUGGGAGAAGCCAGCGAUUGUAAUGGCAAUGCUACAUUAGAUUUGAAGCAAGAUUGUCAACUGCUGCAGACUGAUAGCGAAGAGUCAAGAGAAACGGAGGAAAAAUUGUCUGAAAGUUCAUUGAAUUCAGAUGAACAAUGCGGAUGUAAAUUCAGCUGUUGUGGACAAAAAACUAAAAAAUAUGCAUUCAAUGUAUUCCAAUCAAUGGCAACUCCACAAGGAGCUCUGGCAAUUUUAUGCAUCGCAAAUAUGGCUCAACAAACUAUUAUAAAUGGCUUGAUUGGCGUCAACAUAAGCACUUUAGAGAAAAGAUUUGAACUUCGAAGCACAGAAACUGGUAUAAUUGCAAGCAGUGCUGAUAUCGGAAUCGUGGUAACGAUGAUUUUCAUAUCUUUAUAUCGAGACAAAGUCGAUAAACCACGUUGGAUCGGCUGGGGAGUUUUCCUCUGUGGUCUCGGCUGCUUUUUAUUCGCUCUUCCACAUUUCAUCGCUCCCAAAUAUCAGUUUCUCAACAUUGAUAUUACUAACUAUUGUGGAAAUGUAACAGAACCUGACUGCAACCAAUCCAGUAUUAGAAAUUAUAGAUACAUUUUCAUUGUUGCAAUCUCUAUAAUCGGUUUAUCAAUCUGUCCAAUGUACGCUCAUGGAGUCACCUAUCUUGACGAAAAUGUGAAAAAGAAGAAUUCCGCUAUGUACAACUCUAUUUACUUUGCCACAGGAGGAAUCGGACCAGCACUCGGAUUUUUAUGUGGGGGAGCAGCGUUGGAAUUGUACACAGACUUCUCUGCAAAUUCAGAUGAAAUAACCAUUGACAGCACGAGUUAUUUAUGGGUUGGGGCGUGGUGGACUGGCUUUCUAUUUUGUGGGGGAAUCAUGUUAUUAAUUUCAAUUCCGAUAUUAAUGCUCCCCAAAUAUCUUCCGGGAACAGCGGAACACAGGAAAAAUAGAAAUGUGGAAGUUCAGGAGAAUCAUCUUAUAAAGACUGAAAUCAAUGAGGAAAACGAAAAGAAAUCAUGUCAAGUCGGAUCGGAUAUCCUUCUACUUUUGAAAAACAAAGCUUAUGUAUUCACAACUCUCGCUGUCACCACAAACUGCGCUUUAAUUUACGGAUUCAAUACUUUUGGAGCUAAAUAUCUCGAGUCAGUUUUUGGAUUAACGCCGUUUCAUUCCUGCCUUCUCUUUGGGAUAGCGGCCAUUUUUGCAAACACUGGAGCUCAGAUUACCAGCGGGAUCAUUAUUAAAAAAUUCAAUCUUUCCGUUGAAGGAAUAAUAAAGUACCUUUUGGCUUGCGGAGUGUUUUCUGCUUUUUGUAGUAUCGGAUUCAUUGUGCAUUGCCAAGAUAUAGAUCUUGCCGGAGGAACAGUUCCAUAUCCCAACUCGACCUUUGAACUUACACCCUACUCAUCAUGUAAUGAAGAUUGUGGAUGCUCAACUGAUCGUUAUCAACCAGUAUGUGGAGAAGGAAUCACAUAUUUUUCGCCUUGUUUUGCCGGAUGCCAAACUCAAAUCAGCGAAACUUCUUACACAAACUGUUCCUGCGUUUCGAACUUGAAUUCGACCGAAAAUAUUGUUAUUUCGUCAGAGAAUUGUGAUAGAAAUGCGUGUCAAAUGAUAAUUCCGUUUCUUCUUAUUAUUUUUCUAUGUUUUUUCUCGUCGCUCCUAACUUACUCUCCAGCGCUUCAAGUGACAAUGAGAUGUGUUCCUUUCAAUAAAAGAGUGAAGGCAAUUUCAUUGCAGGAGGCGUUUGUGCGUCUUGUCGGCAUCAUUCCUGGUAGAGUAAUCGUUGGAGCGGUUCUUGAUGUUGCAUGCGUUAGCUGGAGCACAGAAUGUGGUGAACAAGGGUCGUGUAGAACGUACAGGAGAUUAGAAGUCGCCAGGAAUAAUACUAUUUUGUUACUUAUACAAACAGUCGUAUGUGCAAUAUUCUACUUCCUGGUAUACCUUGUUUAUAAACCUGCUGGAAGUUCUGAACAGAAAGAAGAAAAUGAUAAUGAAAUUAUAUAAUGAAUACUUUAUGUUUAUAUCUCUUCAUACUCGUUACAUACAUCUUGAUACAUGAUAUUUUUUGUCAAAAUUUAAAUGGACUUGGGUAUUGUCUGUAUGUCGUAGGGCC